CGCGCCUCGGGAGGAGCCGACCCUUCUCCUCUCCGCCUCGGCCUCUUUGACUGCAGCCGCACCUCGGCCCGGGAGCGCAGGUGGAAAUCAUGACCAAGAAGGGCAGUAUGAAGCCAGCGAAGAAAAACAAAGCGGAAGAACCUGAACUGGAGCCUCUGUGCUGCUGCGAGUACCUAGAUCGAAAUGGGGAAAAGAACCACGUGGCUGCUUGUUUGUGUGAUUGCCAAGAUCUGGAUGAAGGGUGUGAUAGAUGGAUCACGUGUAAGUCCGUGCAGCCCGAGACCUACGAAAGGAUCAUGGAUACGAUCUCUGACCGCCUCCGGAUUCCUUGGCUUAGGGGAGCCAGGAAAGUUAACGUUAGCCUCCUUCCCCCACUCUUCCUGCUGCCCGUCUUCCUCCGAGUGGCUUCGUGGCAUUUCCUCCUGGGGGUGGUGGUUUUGACCUCCCUCCCUGUGCUGGCUCUGUGGUACUACUACCUCACUCACAGAAGGAAAGAACAGACUCUGUUUUUCCUGAGCCUCGGACUGUUCUCCCUGGGCUACAUGUACUACGUGUUCCUGCAGGAGGUGGUCCCCAGGGGGCGUGUAGGGCCCACUCAGCUGGCUCUGCUUACCUGCGGGUUACUUCUCAUACUCUUAGCCUUGUGCCGAGCCAAGAAGGAUCCAGGCUACCUCAGAAACCCAGCAAACGAUGACAGAUCUGUAAGCGGCAGCCAAACCGAAUGCCUGAACAGGACAGGGCCGGAGAAGCCCAAAGGGUACCCCGGCGCAGACCCAGCGGGCGGUCUCAACAACCGCGCGCCCAAGGAUGAGCCUAAGGGCUGCCCCAGGACGUCGGCCGGAAGCCCCGCCACCGGGAAGGAGGACUGGUGCGCCAAGUGCCGGCUGCUGCGGCCCGCCCGGGCGUGGCACUGCCGGAUCUGCGGCGUCUGUGUGAGGAGGAUGGAUCAUCACUGCGUCUGGAUAAAUAGCUGUGUUGGAGAAUCAAAUCAUCAAGCAUUCAUGCUUGCCCUUUUGAUCUUCCUGCUCACCUCGGUGUACGGGAUAACGCUGACCUUGGACACCAUUUGUACAGAUAGAAGUGUCUUCACAGCUCUCUUCUAUUGCCCUGGAGUUUAUGCAAAUUACAGCUCAGCUCUGUGCUUCACCUGCGUGUGGUACUCUGUGAUCAUCAUGGGGGGCAUGGCCUACAUCUUCCUGAUCCAGCUGAUAAACAUCAGCUACAACGUGACGGAGAGGGAAGUGCAGCAGGCCCUUCGACAGAAGACGGGGCGCCGGCUGCUCUGCGGGCUCAUCGUGGACACAGGCCAGUACAAUCGGGGCUUCCUGCGGAACUGGCACCAGUUCUCCACCCUGGGCACACACCCCUUCCACCACCCUGGUGAGGACAUUGUAUGAAGUGCCUUCUGUACGGCUCCGGGGGCGGGAGGGUGUCUCCUCCGUAUGUGCAGGAUGCUUGCGUUUAUCCCCAGUUUCUUAAAGGCAUUAUAGGGC